AAGCAGCCUCGUAAAACCCUAGCAAUAAAAGCUCAUUCCAUCAUCUUCUUCUUCCUCAAGCAAAAUCACAGCUCUCAGUCUCGGACUGAGACACCCCAUCUCACAGUUCUUUAGAAAUUUAUCGGAGAGGCCCCUGAAAUAUAUUACUAAUUUCCAUUUAAGCCCCUCCCAUCAUCAACCUCUCACUCUCUCAGUUCAGAUGGCUGAUGCAUUUGAUUCGUUGGUUUCUGUUUCUUCCUCUGUUUCUGCUUCUUCACCCAAGAAGCGUAUUCGGAUCUUCCGCGAUGAAAUUCCAUUCAUUCUCAACAAUUCACAGAUGUCUUCUGAGCUUGUGUCAGUAUUGGUAGAUAUAAUUUUCAAAACUUUGUGUAUUUAUGAUGAUCGAGGAUCGAGGAAAGCUGUUGAUGAUGUGAUCACAAAAGCUUUGGGCGAGGUUACAUUUAUGAAGAGUUUUGCGGCAACUGUUGUACAGGUCAUGGAAAAGCAAGUAAAAUUGCAGUCUCAUGUAGGCUGCUACAGGCUUCUCAAGUGGUCAUGUCUUCUACUAAGCAAGAGUCAGUUUGCUUCAGUAUCAAAGAAUGUAUUGUGCAGAGUGGCUGCAGUGCAGGCAUCACUUCUUCAUAUUGUUAUUCUAGGAUCUUUCCGUGAGAGAAGGGCUUGCAAACGAGCAUUUUUUCGUUUGUUCUCAGAGUCAUCAGAAAUCUACAAAACCUACAUUGAAGAACUAAAGGAUGCAAGGAUCCCAUACAAAGAUAGCCCGGAACUGUUGGGGCUUUUACUGGAAUUUUCAAGUUCGAUUCCUUCUUUAUUUGAUCAAUGGAAGCCAACAUUUCUUGAUAUGUAUGUUAAAUCAGUUCUGAAUGCAAGGGAAAAGCCAGCAAUGGGUCUCAGUGAAGCUUUCCUUCCACUGUUUACUUAUUUGUCGCAUGAAGAUUUUAAAACUAUUGUGGUCCCAUCAUCUGUUAAAAUGUUGAAACGCAACCCUGAGCUGGUGCUGGAAUCAGUUGGGAUUCUUUUGAAAUCAGUCAAUCUUGAUCUGAGCAAGUAUGCCACCGAAAUUCUUCCAGUGGUACUACUACAGGCUCGCCAUGUGGAUGAAGGAAGAAGGCUUGAGGCCUUAGCUAUAGUAGGGUGUUUGAGUCGGAAGUCUAGUAAUCCAGAUGCCUUAGAAGCAAUGCUUAAUGCUGUGAAAUCGGUCAUCGGAGGUUCAGAAGGAAGGCUUGCAUUUCCAUACCAGAGAGUUGGCAUGAUAAAUGCAUUGCAAGAAUUGGCCAAUGUCCCUGAUGGGAAAUAUCUCAACAGCCUGUCACCAACUAUAUGUAGCUUUCUUUUGUCCUGUUACAAGGAUGAUGGAAAUGAAGAUGUAAAGCUUGCAAGUUUAUCGGCUAUAGCUUCUUGGGGAGCAAGAUGUCCAGAUGCUAUUCAGCCAGAUGUCAUUUCUUUCAUUGGUUCUGGGCUCAAGGAGAAGGAAGGUUUGAGAAGGGGUCAUCUUCGUUGUCUUAGAGUCAUGUGCGAAAAUGCUGAUGCCGUUGUAAGGAUAUCGUCUUUGCUUGUGCCGCUUGUCCAACUAGUAAAAACUGGUUUUACCAAAGCGGCACAGCGUUUGGAUGGUAUUUAUGCAUUACUAUGCGUUUCAAAAAUUGCAGCUGUUGACAUCAAAGCAGAUGAUACUCUAUCAAAGGAAAAGAUUUGGUCUUUGAUAUGUCAGAGUGAACCUUCAGUUGUACCGAUUGCCAUGGCCUCAAAACUGGCAGUUGAGGACUGUUUGGCAUGUGUUGAUCUUCUUGAGGUGCUCCUGGUGGAUCAUCCACACAGAGUGUUGGAGUCUAUAUCUAUCAAAUCACUGUUACAGUUUGUCAUCUAUUUACUAUGCCAUCCAAGUUGGGACAUUCGAAGAGUGGCUUAUGAUUCUACCAAAAAGAUUAUUGCUGCUGCUCCACAAUUAUCUGAAACAAUUUUACUUGAAUUUUCAAAUUACCUUUCUGUCACGGGGGAAAAAGUUUUUCUUUUGAAGACAAGUGAUGCAGAAAGUACAUUGGAUGCUCAGAUUCCUUUCCUUCCGUCGGUGGAGGUUUUGGUUAAGGCUUUAAUUGUGAUAUCAUCUGCAGUUUUGGCUGCUACUCCCAGUGCAUGUGUGCAACUUUUAUUCUGUUCGCAUCAUCCAUUCUUAGUUGGAACGGCAAAAAGAAAUGCAGUGUGGAGGAGGCUGCAGAAGUGUUUGCAGACGCUUGGUUUUGAUGUCAUUGGCCUUAUUAGUGCUGAUGUGGGUAAUAUCUGCAAGGGUUUGCUAGGACCGAUGGGGUUGAUGAGUGCUAAUCAUCUUGAACAAGAAGCAGCAAUAUAUUCCUUGUCUACUUUGAUGUCUAUUACGCCAAGAGAUACAUAUACCGAAUUUGAAAAGCACUUAAACAACCUUCCAGACCGCUAUGCACAUGAUACUCUUUCUAAAAUUGACAUUCAGAUUUUUCAUACACCCGAAGGAAUGCUUUCUAGUGAGCAAGGUGUUUAUAUUGCAGAGUCGGUCGCUGCUACGAACACAAAACAAGCAAAAGGCCGUUUCCGGCUUUAUGAUAAUGAUGAUGAUACGGACCAUGUCAACUCUAAUCAUUCGGUAAGGCGAGAGCAUGCUAGUGUUGGGAAAAAAGACAUGGGAAAGUCAACAAAGAAGGCUGAUAAGGGAAAGACUGCAAAAGAAGAGGCACGGGAGAUGCAGCUUAGAGAGGAGGCAUGUAUUCGUGAGAAAGUUGUGGAAAUACAGAAGAAUCUGUGUCUGAUGCUGAGAGCCCUUGGGGAGAUGGCCAUAGCCAAUCCUGUUUUCACGCAUAGUCAACUUCCUUCUCUGGUUAAGUUUGUUGACCCUUUACUACGGUCUCCAAUUGUGAGUGAUGUGGCCUAUGGAACCAUGGUGAAGCUAUCCAGAUGUACUGCUGCUCCUCUUUGUAAUUGGGCCCUUGACAUUGCUACUGCAUUACGGCUAAUUGUGACAGACGAAGUUAAUGUUUUGUGGGAUCUGAUUCCAUCAUUUGGUGAAGGGGAGACCAAUGAUAGGCCUUCCUUUGGUCUUUUUGAGCGAGUGAUAAAUGGCUUAUCUGUUUCUUGUAAAUCUGGACCUCUUCCUGUUGACUCGUUUACAAUUGUUUUCCCGAUAAUGGAGAGGAUACUGUUGUCUUCCAAGAAGACAGGACUUCAUGAUGAUGUUCUUCGAAUUCUGUUUUUGCAUAUGGAUCCCGUUUUACCCCUACCUAGGCUUCGCAUGCUAUCAGUUCUUUAUCAUGUUCUUGGUGUUGUUCCUGCUUAUCAAGCAUCAAUUACAUCAGCAUUAAAUGAGUUGUGUCUGGGUCUACAACCAGAUGAAGUGGCACCUGCUCUUUAUGGAGUUUAUGCCAAAGAUGUUCAUGUAAGAAUGGCUUGCUUAAAUGCUAUAAAAUGCAUACCAGCUGUUGCUAGCCGUUCUCUUCCUCAGAAUGUUGAGGUUGCCACAAGCAUUUGGAUUGCUUUACAUGAUCCGGAAAAGGCAGUUGCAGAGGUGGCAGAGGAUGUGUGGGAUCGUUACGGCUAUGACUUUGGGACAGACUAUUCUGGCCUUUUCAAAGCACUUUCUCAUGUGAAUUACAAUGUUCGCGUGGCUGCUGCAGAGGCAUUGGCUGCUGCUUUGGAUGAAAACCCAGAUACUAUACAGGAGUCUCUUUCGACUUUAUUUUCUUUGUAUAUCCGUGACGUUGGCUUUGGUGAGGACAAUAUGGAUGCUGGUUGGCUAGGCAGACAAGGAAUUGCAUUGGCUUUACAUUCGGCAGCAGAUGUACUUAGAACCAAAGACCUUCCUGUUGUUAUGACAUUUCUGAUAUCGCGAGCGCUGGCUGAUACUAAUGCAGAUGUUCGGGGAAGGAUGCUUAAUGCUGGUAUUAUUAUUAUUGAUAAGCAUGGAAGAGACAAUGUGUCUUUGUUAUUUCCGAUUUUUGAGAACUAUUUAAACAAAAAGGCAUCUGAUGAAGGAAAAUAUGAUUUGGUGCGUGAGGGUGUAGUUAUUUUUACUGGAGCUUUGGCAAAGCAUCUGGAAAAGGAUGAUCCCAAGGUUCAUGCUGUUGUGGAGAAGUUGUUGGAUGUGUUGAACACUCCGUCUGAAGCAGUUCAACGGGCAGUCUCAACCUGCUUAUCUCCGCUAAUGCAGUCAAAGCAAGAAGAUGCACCAGCACUUGUUUCUCGGCUCUUGGAUAAACUAAUGAAGAGUGAUAAAUAUGGGGAGCGCCGUGGAGCUGCAUUUGGACUUGCUGGCGUGGUAAAGGGAUUUGGAAUUUCAUGCCUUAAGAAGUACGGUAUUGUGGCAGUGCUACAAGAAGGUCUUGUGGACAGGAAUUCUGCUAAAUCCCGUGAAGGAGCACUGCUGGCAUUUGAGUGCCUUUGUGAGAAACUUGGAAGGUUGUUUGAACCGUAUGUAAUUCAAAUGUUACCAUUACUUCUGGUUUCUUUCUCCGAUCAAGUUGUUGCGGUUCGAGAAGGUGCUGAAUGUGCUGCUCGUGCAAUGAUGUCUCAGCUAAGUGCUCACGGGGUGAAGCUUGUCCUUCCAUCACUUCUAAAGGGCCUUGAAGAUAAAGCUUGGCGAACAAAGCAAAGUAGUGUUCAACUUCUUGGUGCUAUGGCUUACUGUGCUCCACAGCAACUUUCUCAAUGCCUUCCUAAGAUUGUGCCAAAAUUGACAGAGGUGCUAACAGACACCCAUCCUAAAGUUCAGUCAGCGGGGCAAACAGCCCUUCAGCAGGUUGGGAAUGUGAUUAAAAAUCCAGAAAUUGCUGCUCUUGUCCCAACACUUCUAAUGGGCCUUACAGACCCCAAUGACUACACGAAGCAUUCCCUUGAUAUUCUUCUCCAAACAACAUUUAUCAAUUCGAUUGAUGCUCCUUCACUCGCACUGUUGGUACCAAUAGUUCAUAGAGGGCUAAGAGAGAGGAGUGCUGAAACUAAAAAGAAAGCUGCCCAGAUAGUUGGAAACAUGUGCUCUUUAGUGACUGAACCGAAGGAUAUGAUUCCUUACAUAGGUUUACUCCUUCCUGAAGUAAAAAAGGUUCUUGUGGAUCCAAUCCCUGAAGUUCGGUCUGUUGCUGCAAGGGCCCUUGGUUCUCUCAUAAGAGGAAUGGGAGAAGAAAACUUCCCAGAUCUUGUUUCAUGGUUGUUAGAGACACUUAAGUCUGAUGGUAGUAACGUUGAACGCUCUGGAGCUGCUCAAGGACUAAGUGAGAUUUUGGCUGCACUAGGAAAGGAUUAUUUUGAGAAGAUACUUCCUGAUAUCAUUCGGAACUGUUCUCAUCAAAAAGCAUCCGUGCGUGAUGGUUAUUUGACACUUUUCAAGUAUUUCCCAAGGUCAUUAGGUGUCCAAUUCCAGAACUAUUUGCAGCAGGUGUUGCCUGCAAUCCUAGAUGGCCUUGCUGAUGAGAAUGAAUCUGUUCGUGAAGCUGCACUUAGUGCUGGGCAUGUUCUGGUUGAGCAUUAUGCAACAACAUCUUUGCCCCUGCUCCUUCCAGCUGUAGAGGAUGGUAUUUUCAGUGAUAGCUGGCGUAUCCGACAAAGUUCUGUAGAAUUGUUGGGUGAUCUCUUGUUCAAGGUUGCUGGAACCUCUGGAAAAGCACUUCUUGAGGGUGGUAGUGAUGAUGAAGGAGCAAGUACUGAGGCACAAGGGCGUGCUAUUAUUGAGGUUCUCGGAAGAGAAAAGCGUAAUGAAGUUCUUGCUGCAUUAUACAUGGUUCGAACUGAUGUGAGCUUAACAGUGCGCCAGGCUGCAUUACAUGUGUGGAAGACCAUAGUUGCAAAUACUCCCAAGACUCUGAAGGAAAUAAUGCCAGUUUUGAUGAAUACUUUAAUUACUUCUCUUGCAUCAUCAUCCUCUGAAAGGAGACAGGUUGCUGGACGAUCACUUGGUGAGCUUGUUAGAAAGCUUGGCGAAAGAGUUCUACCUUUAAUCAUUCCAAUUUUAUCACGAGGGCUAAAAGACCCUAAUGCUAGCAGAAGACAAGGAGUAUGUAUUGGUCUGAGUGAAGUGAUGGCCAGUGCUGGUAAGAGUCAGUUGUUGAGUUUCAUGGAUGAGCUCAUUCCUACCAUCCGUACAGCCCUUUGUGAUAGCAUGCCUGAGGUUCGUGAGUCGGCAGGCUUAGCAUUCAGCACACUUUACAAGAGUGCCGGAUUGCAAGCAAUUGAUGAGAUUGUCCCAACACUCUUGCAUGCUUUGGAGGAUGAUGAAACCUCUGAUACUGCCCUUGAUGGCCUCAAACAAAUCUUAAAUGUCAGGACUGCUGCUGUUUUGCCUCAUAUCUUGCCCAAGCUGGUCCACCCUCCUCUUUCGGCCUUCAAUGCACAUGCUUUGGGAGCUCUAGCUGAGGUUGCAGGUCCUGGUUUGGACUUCCACCUCAGUACUGUCGUUCCAGCUUUACUCACUGCAAUGGAUGAUAAUAACAUGGAAGUCCAAAAUUUGGCAAAGAAGGCUGCGGAGACUGUUGUCUUAGUCAUUGAUGAGGAAGGCAUAGAACCAUUGAUAUCAGAACUUCUUAAAGGGGUUGGUGAGCAUCAGGCUUCAAUUAGACGAAGUUCUUCAUAUCUGCUUGGAUACUUCUUCAAAAACAGCAAGUUAUAUUUGGCUGAUGAAGCUCCAAAUGUGAUAACCACCCUGAUUGUUUUGCUCAGUGAUUCAGAUUCAGCUACAGUUGCGGUUGCUUGGGAAGCUUUGUCUAGAGUUGUCGGCUCAGUUCCUAAGGAAGUCCUUCCUUCAUAUAUAAAGUUAGUUCGUGAUGCAGUUUCUACAUCCAGAGAUAAAGAGCGUAGGAAAAGGAAGGGAGGGCCAGUUCUUAUACCUGGAUUAUGUCUCCCUAAAGCUCUUCAACCAUUGCUUCCUAUCUUUCUCCAGGGUCUUAUAAAUGGAUCAGCAGAACUGAGGGAGCAGGCUGCUCAGGGUCUUGGGGAAUUGAUUGAAGUGACAAGUGAACAAGCCCUCAAGGAGUUUGUUAUCUCUAUUACAGGGCCUCUGAUCCGGAUAAUAGGUGAUCGGUUCCCUUGGCAGGUGAAGAGUGCGAUUUUGUCAACUUUGACCAUCAUGAUACGGAAGGGUGGGAUGGCCCUGAAACCUUUUCUUCCACAGCUUCAAACAACAUUUAUCAAGUGUCUGCAGGAUAAUACAAGGACUGUUCGCUCGAGUGCUGCCCUCGCACUUGGGAAGCUUAGUGCACUCAGUACUAGGGUUGAUCCUUUAGUCGGUGAUCUUAUCACCAGUUUGCAGGUAUCAGAUGGUGGUGUCCGCGAGGCCAUUUUGACUGCUUUAAAGGGUGUCCUCAAGCAUGCUGGUAAAAGUGUGAGCAGUAGUGUUAGAAUUCGUGUCUACACUCUUUUGAAGGAUUUAAUAUAUAAUGAUGAUGACCAAAUUCGAGCUUCUGCUUCAAGUAUAUUGGGCAUCAUUUCACAGUACAUGGAAGAUGGUCAAAUCUCUGAGCUACUUGAGGAACUCUUAAGUUCAGCCUCAUCUAGCUGGUUUGCUAGGCACGGCUCAGUACUUACAAUCUCUUCCAUGCUCAGGCAUAAUCCUUCAAUUAUUUGUGCAUCUCCUAUGUUCUCAGCUGUUCAAAACUCCCUUAAAGAUUUCUUGAAAGAUGAGAAGUUCCCUGUUCGUGAAACAUCAACGAAAGCGUUAGGAAGGCUUCUACUUCAUCAAAUUAAGAGUGAACCCUUGAACACAACUGCACAUUUGGAAACUCUUACGUCCUUGGUAUUAGCCAUGCAGGAUGACUCUAGUGAAGUCAGAAGACGAGCAUUAUCUGCACUAAAAGCAGUUGCAAAAGCUAAUCCUACAGUUGUUACGAGCAAUUUUGCAACAUUCGGGCCAGCACUUGCUGAGUGUUUGAAGGAUGGAAGUACUCCUGUGAGACUUGCUGCCGAAAGAUGUGCAUUGCACUGCUUUCAAUUGACCAGGGGUACAGAAAACAUUCAAGCUGCACAAAAAUUCAUCACAGGCUUGGAUGCCAGACGAAUAUCAAAGCUUCCUGAACACAGUGAUGAUAGUGAAGACAGUGAAGACGACUUGUCGAGUGGCUGAUAAAUUGGUGGUUCCAUGAUUGGUGCCUUUUUUGCUUUCUACCACCACGAUGGAAUUUUUCUUCAGUUGACAACGCUCAAGAAUUUGCUGCCGAAGUUUUUUGUGGUAGUUUGGCUACUUAAUAGGAAAUGGUGUUGUACAGGGAUGGAAGAGGAUUAUUCCCAAUUUUUCUUAACGGGUCUUCCAUUUAAUGUCAAUGUAAUUGUUAUAUCGGAACAAGAAAUAUAUUUGAUAUGUGAAAGACAGAAAACUGUCUAAUUUUUGUAUGAUUUUUGUCGGAUGCUGUUGGAUUACAGGAAACUUGCAAAUAAAGAUCAAAAUCACCUCAGAGUUUGUUUCAAGGGGUAAACAUUUUCAAA